AUGCCUACCUACUUCGCACGCGGCGUGUCGGUGCGCCUGGGCGCAAUGCCACUCGAGGAUACGACUACACAGAAGAUCAUACUAAGGAAGGGCGACGCAGCCAAGCAGCAAUCUCAAUUAGCUGAAAAGAGGCUUCUGAAGAGCGAGUUGCUGAAGGAGAAGCAGGUGCCUUUCCCGGGUGAUGAGGCUGCUUUCCAGCUCAAUUGGGUUGCAAACACGCCUUUCAUGCAGACUCGGGUUGGAAGCGAUGUACACGAAGAGGAAGAUACUAGAGACGAGGAGGAAGCGACGAUCGGUACGCACCUUGCGCAGAUUCUUGAUAGUGUUACUCUGGCUAACUACAACUUCGCAGAUGCAUCCUCGCAUCGCAAACCAAAAGCGCUUUCUCUCCACGUUAACCUCUCGGACAAGACCUACGUCUCGGGCCUCUACAACCAGAGAACCUCCCUCAAGGUCGAUGUUUUCUUCAACGGAACACUCUCCGCCUGCUUAUUUAUACCUACCCACGAUAUUAGGUCCGGAGCGAAAAGCAAUCACCAGGUCUUCGCGGGUACCAGGAUCGACUUCCUCGCUGAGCGACCGUGGGUGAUUCUGCCGCCUGAGCUGGCAGCCGACGGUAGUGCUAGAAAGAACAACACACCAGCUUCGAUAGAGCAGCGAUGGCAACACCUUUGCCAGGCGCUCCAAAAUGAAGCGCGAGAGCGAGGUACCGACGAGGAGGGGAACAGGCCUCCGACUGCCGAUUUCCUCAAUACGCUUGCGACGAUGCAGAUGCCUGAACAGGUGCACAGUAUGCAGAAGCCGGGUGGCAAGGCCUUCGGCAUCAUCGAUGUGGUUGUCACUGCUGGAGAGGGUAGAAAACUCACUAGUGGUGUGGGCUAUCUGAAAGCACCAAAACGCAUGAUUGAUGAGAGCUAUCCAUUCGUGUUUGGGACUGACGGUACUACUGUACAUCUGCGCUCGGAUGCGCCUGGAAAGAGCGAGAGUGAAGCCGAGUCCCAGAAUGUCAUCGAGCCGAACUCAUGGGUCAUCGAUGUGGAUGCAAAAGGGAACAGCAACCCGCAGUAUGGGUUUCAAACCAAGAGACAGGUUCUUCAGUCCAGUGUGCGCUCGACACAAGGUGCAUCACCUGUAUUGUCAUCAGCUUUGCAGCACCCGGCCAUGGGUCCCUUGAUACCAUCGAUUCCACCACCUGUCCAAUUUAGAUCGAGGAUUUCAGCACUCGUAGCACCAAGCAUGACAGGCCCAGGACUUGUGUCUUCACCGAUGCGACGAAGUGCGAAUUCUACCGAUUUACAGUAUCCACCAGAGAUUGGACGAGCGCGUGCGCAAGUCAGAGCAUACGAACCACAAGUGAACGCCAUGUCGCAAGCAGGGUUCGCCCCGAAAACUAUGUGUCCCAAUCUUCUCCCACAUCUACAGACACCUCAGAUGUAUCCAUCGCCGUACGCUGUUCAGUUUUCGGAUCCGAUUCUUGAGCGAGUUGCGCCUAGUGAUCUCAUGCGUCAGAUUCCGUUCGACAACGCCAGUCCAACGUCCAGCCCGCUAGAUCACCCUCCGGUAGCUGUCCAGAACCCAGACUAUCAGCCCGCGGUCUCAUUCCCUUCACCAAUACCAGAACUUCAAGAUGACCCCUCAAAGCUUGGUCUGUAUGCAUACUCCUCGCCCAACCAAAACCUAUCUGGCAUGGGUCCUCCUGUCCCUGGAGCACCCGAGUUUUACAAGCCAAACAUGCUACCGCAAGCUCCAGCUCUUCUUGGUCCUUAUAAUUCUAGGCCACAGUUAGUGCCCUUUCCACCGUUCGACCGCCGACUAUCGCUGCCACUGCCGCCGGCCGCUCUGUAUUCUGUACCUACCAAGCCAAAGCGUAGUUUGUCUCCACAAAAAGCUUCUUCUUCGCAAGAGCUGAAGAAGGCUAAGUCCAGCAUCGAGGUCAAGCGCUUGGUAGUUCACGGACAACAAGAUUCGAUCUUGGUGGACCACCGAUGGGAUCCUACACAGCGCAUCGACGUGCCUAUUCGUCGCCCCGCCAAAUUCCGGACUCAAGAGGUAGUGGCUUCAGGCGACAAUAAAUAUGCCAAUCCUGCUGAGCAGAUAAAGACAUUCACAGACUUUCGCCGGUCGAGGAAGAGUACAGUCCGGAUGGGCACCCCGUCACUCACGUCAUCACCAAACGUUGGAAGGACUGGACCAUCUAUCGUUGCCGACAAGCAACAACCGAUCGGCGCUUGCCAAACGGACGUCUUAACUGGUCCGCCCACUUCUAUUGCAAAAGACACCAACCGAACGGAUAUAGCAGAAAGGAUUGGAAAGGCCAAGCCAGAUGACGACCAGCCUGGCACUGAUACAAUUAACCAAAAUUUGCGUGUCACGAAGCAAAGACCUUCGCGUCGUACAACUCCUGGCAACAACAUACUUGGCGUACAGGGUCCAAAGGCAAAUCCAUUCUGGUUUGAGGACCCAGAAGAGAUCUUGCGCGAGGCAUCUUCGCGACUACGCCGAUCUCGAUCUGUUGUCAAGCAGGGAAACACGUCUGAUAUGAUGCUACCACCCUAUACCGUAGUGCCGGCCGUUCAAACCCCCAAGGUAUGGGAAACUGGCACACCAUCCCCUCUGUCAAGCCUACACACUACUCCCGAGCCAGAGACAGAGCCCACUUCGUACACCCAUUCGUUUCAAGCACCUAUCAAACCAUCUCCUGCUCCUAUUCCACAGGCAGAUGGCUCACCCGAGCGCAAGACCUUUCAUAAACACCGUCGUGGCAAUCAGACUCUAUCCCCUGUUAAGCUCGCUUCAACCCUCACGACACCCCAACUUCCACGCAACGCUCCAUCUACACCUCAAACCUUAUCCACGAAGAAACGCAAGACUCUCCGCCGGACCUUACCCAAGGAGCCUCGCAGCCCCACUCGCCUGAAGACGAACGAUAACCCACCGCUGAACAGGGAUUGCGUCAUCGCAUACGCGGAGAGCAAGGAUAAAAGGAACAAACAAGGCGUCCUGAGGCAGGUCAAGAGUGAAAGGCUGGGGGUGUUCACGGAGAGCGACGUCGUGUUUGCGGCGAGGUUCUUCGUUGAGGAGUAA